CCACGGUAGCUACAGUGUUAAUAGUCAUGGAAGCCCCACCUCCACCACCACCUUUUAUGUUAAUUUCAGCGUGAUCUUGUCCACGGACUGGAGGGAGCCGCUGCAUACUGUAUCUCUUAGUUAAUAUCGAUGGUGCUUCAGACAGACAUAACCUGCCUCUGAAUCCUCGAGGACUUGAUUUUGUUUUUGUUUUUGUUUUGUUUGGUUUUUUUUUUUUUAUGAGCGGCGUCGCGUCUGGAUCAUGCCGCCGCUGAGGACGCGCGGCUGAGGGCGCACACUGUGGAUCCGCCGGUAGUUGGAGAGAAAAGGUGAACGCACCUUGCAUCCAAACAUGGGAGGUCAGAUCACCAGGAAUACCUUCUACGAUUCUUUGAAUGGGCCGUUUCCUGCCACAACACAUCGAUGCCACCAUAAGCCCAAGCGCUGCCUGCCCAUUCAGCCAUGUGGCAGCCUGUCCUCCUUCCCUCUGCUCUUCCACCCGAGCACCAAGGGUUCGCAGAUCGUCAUGGACAUGUCGCAGAGGACCGUCAAGAGACAGGCCAGCUUCUGCAACGCCAUCACCUUCACAAACAGGCCGAUCGCUGUGUACGAGCAAGUUCGGUUGAAGAUCACUAAGAAGCAGUGCUGUUGGAGCGGUGCUCUACGUCUUGGUUUUACAUCAAAAGACCCGUCAAGGAUCAACCCUGACACCCUGCCUAAGUACGCCUGCCCUGACCUGGUCUCACAGAGCGGCUUCUGGGCCAAAGCCCUCCCAGAGGAGCUCUCCAAUGAGGGGAACGUCAUCUCCUUCUGGGUAGACAAGAAGGGUCGGGUGUUUUACCGUAUCAACGACUCCAGCCCGAUGCUAUUCUUCAGUGGGGUGCACGUCGCUGAACCUUUGUGGGCUCUCAUAGACGUCUACGGCCUCACCAGAGGUGUACAGCUGCUCGACAGUGAGAUGGUCCCCCUAGACUGCUUGCGUCCUCGUUCAUUUGCUGCCGCCCACCGGGCUUCCAUUCAGCGAAACAGCGAUGACCCUCGCAUUUCCAUCAGCCUGUGUGACCUUAGCCUGCAGCAGCAAGAGCUGCAUCUGGAAGAAGAGGAAGAGGAGGAAGAGCAGCUCCAGCCCCUGAGCUCCAGCUCCUGCCAUGUGCCCCAAAACUCUCAGAACUCCCAGCAGUGCUCGCUGCUGCCUGCUCAUUUGGACACUGAUGUGCACUUCCACUCAGUGCAUGGCAUUCAUGUGACUAUCCUGGAUAAGCAGACAGUGGCGCGGCUGGAUCACCGUGGUGAUGAGCGGACCCUUGUGUUCACCAGUCGGCCACUACGCUGUUCAGAGACAGUCUUUGUGAAGGUGACAAAAGCAGGUGUCACACGACCUGGGUGUCUGUCUUAUGGGGUGACAUCAUGUGACCCUGCUACUCUUAGGCCCAGUGACCUGCCAUCCAACCCAGAGUCGCUGGUUGACCGCAAGGAAUUCUGGGCAGUGUGUCGGGUGGCGGUGCCGCUACACAGCGGGGACAUCUUAGGCUUUGUGGUAAAUGCAGAAGGUGAGGUCAUGAUGAGCCAUAAUGGGGUCAGUGCAGGGAUGCAGCUGUGCGUGGACAACUCCAGACCGCUGUGGAUGUUCUACGGCCUGCAUGGAACCAUCACGCAACUCAGGAUUUUAGGCUCAUCUCUGCACCCUGACCUCAGAGGCACCCAGAUAUCUGUGCCCAGCUCCCCCUCCUGCACACCCAACACUCCCACAAUGCUUUGCAGUGGCAACUCAGAGUCCAACCUCAACGCAUCCUUAAACAUCAACCUCAACUCCAGCUUCAAUACCAACUACCAGACAGCCUUUUCCUCUUCAACAGGUACAACUCCAAGUUCUCCAUUCUCCAGUCACCCAGAGUCCCCUACCUUCCCAUCCUGCUCCAGUUCGUGGAGCGACGAGUGCACAAUUUGCUACGAGAACGUCGUGGACACAGUCCUGUACGCCUGUGGACACAUGUGUCUCUGCUACACCUGUGGCCUCAAACUGAAAAAGAUGGCCAACGCCUGCUGCCCCAUCUGCAGGCGGACAAUUAAAGAUAUCAUCAAAACCUACCGGAGCAUGUAGGCCUAGACAUAGUCAGGUUCAGGACAUCGUUAAAAGCCAUCUAUGACUUUGUAGUGACACACUUAGCACAUUAUUACUUAGCUGGACUGUCAUGGAUAUAGAAAAGCAUCAAAUUCCCAGCUUUUUGUGUGUGCAAUCUGGCUCAGGUAUGUUAAAGCAGGAAAUUAAACUAAACAAGGUUUUAUCUGUUGUGUCCAAUGUAAACACACCUUCAGAAAGCUCCUAUGAAAACACAGUGAGGUCAACAGGAACAGUGAGCUACCAAUGGCUAACAUGCACCUUGACCUAUUUUUGUUCGGCAACUCUGUGAUCUGUGCAUCCGUUGGAAGAUAAAUGAUAAUCUGAAGAGGCAUCUGUCCUACUUACAGCAGAAUUGGCCUUCAUUCUGCUGGUUAUAGCAUCGCUGCAAGCUAGAUUUUGAAAAAGUAAAACUGUCCAAAACUUCAGAAGAAGAUCGAGUUUUCGUGCCUACUGGGUUUUAGCAAACAACAGAAGUGUCAUUUCAGCACGAGGCUCAGUCAGUUCUCUAAUAAAUCUGGGUAAAAACCAAUAGAAAGCAGAUUUUCUGGAUGUUUACAAGGAUCGAAGGAGGAAUGCGUAAAUAGUGGGUGAAAACCUUGGAGCAAUUCUAGAACAAGCCAUUUUUUUAUGCAUUUGUUUUGCAGUGGGUGAAGAAGCUGUGUUUUGUGAUAAAAGCUGUUUUGCUUAAAUAUCUUUUCCUCACCUACUGUGCUUCAGUGAACUUCAGAUCGUGCAAAGGGUAAAAAUGUGUGAACAUUGUCACCAUAGAAGGUCACGCAACGAACAAGGAUGUAAAUCAGUGCGGGGGGGAUUUGGGGGAGGGAGGUGCGAGGGAAGAAGGCGGAAAAAGGAUGUUACAUGUUUGGGACGAGACAAGAAAGGGGCACCUUUUGCUGUGGGUCUGCACAGCAUUUAGUGCAGAGAAAGAGUUUGCUCGGUCAGACGCAGCAAAUACAUCAGAAUGUUUGUAAGAAAGCCUGUAAAAUGUGGGACUUGUAUGAAUUGCAUGUCCAGCUUGUUGGCAGACGUCCUUGCCAUCUUUGGCUGCGCAGUAAGCCUGCUGAAUGCUGUAAUUGAAGUAAAGUCAUCCAGAUAAACACUGGUGGGCAGUAAGGUAUUUUUAAAAUGCUGAACGCGCACAUAAGGAUGGCAAAUCAAUCCAAGCAACCCUUAAAUCACUUUCUUGAGAUUGCACUCUUCUCUCUCACAUGUACAUUAAAUGACAGCAUCAGUAUCAUUCUGCGUCUACAUAUUUUCAUGCAUUCUGUGUUCAAUUAAAGAAAUCCACAUGUGAGCAGUCGGUGACAAGGAUGUAGCUUGUUAUUUUAAAGCAUUGUGAGAAUUUCAUUUGCAUUUCAGUGACUGAGUGCUUCUUCCCCCUCGGUAAAAGCCAACUCCAAGGACAUUUUCACUUGACUAAUCUCAUGCAUUAUGGACCGCUUUGAGUUUUUAAGAAAAAAACAAGCUAUUUCCAGGUGUUUUUUGGCCUCACUGAAACAUUGCCGGGUAAUUCCUGAGACAGUAAGUGCAGGUUUUUUUUCACUGUGUCAAAGCUUGUCAUCUCAGUCCGACAAAGACAGGAGUCAAGAUAAACAGUCGCCUACCCUAGAAAAGUUGGAACAGGAAGAACACUUAGGUGCAAAUAACUUUUAUGUGGCUAUGAUGCAUUUGAAUCAAAUGUUUCAAUGUGCAAAACAUCUGCGUUUCAACAAAGUCACUGCUGAGGAUCUUAUAUUUUAACAUUGCCUUGUCCCAUCUGUCGUUCUGCAUUAUACUGGAAAUUACAAAGAUAUUCAACCUUUAAGUUUUUACCUUUUUUUUCUUCUUCCUGACCAAGUAGGACGUAGCUGAAAUAAAAUGUCGUACGUUUUGAGAGAAAAAAGGCUAUUGAUGAUGAGUAUUAUAACAACUGUACAUAGUGAAUAUUAUUUAUUUUGUCAAUGUUAAUGAACUAUCACAGUUUAUUUUAUAUGUAUGCCUAUUGUGUCAAGAAGAAUAGGAAUAUUGCUUAUUUUGUUGUUGCAUAAGAUUAUAGAAAACUGUGGUUGCGUUAGCUGAUUUUCACUAAUGCCAGAUACUAAAAUAAGGUAUUAAAGUAAAUAAAUCAGUAAAGUUUGUAUUGCUUUUGGUCAUACUUUGUGUUGUAGUGACUGGU